AUGGGACCGUUGUUUCUGCCCCUUGAGGGAGAGAGCGCCGGAGAUUUGAAGUGCGGUGACGCUUCGGGCCACACAUGCCGCCGGACGCAGCCAGUCGCGAAAAUACCUCGCGUUGGCUCGGUCUGGGAUGCGCCACCACUGCGAUACUCGAUAGGUCAUUUGCGUGGGAUCGGAGUUCAUGCGGCCACCUUAGUGCUCGUCGGCGAGGCCGUGGAGCCGGGCAAUCUCAGAACUGUGAUGUUGCAAUUGGUGGAUUAUGCCUGGGGCCAUUCCUGCGCGAGACGCAGAGAUUUUUUGCUCUGGUGUAUUUUGGACAGGAAGAUGGCACGAGGGGCAGCGCGAUGCGACCAGAACCUACAUAUGAGUCUUUCGAUCCACUGCCUGCAGUUGGUGAAAUAUUUCAAAUCGAUUUUGACGCCCUCGACAUGGCCACUUUUGUCCCCUAUGAAUAUGUGCCCACGCGUCCUCGGGGUGCGAAAGCUCGCCGCGAGCCUAUCACAGCAAUCCAGCAUCCUCAACGACCACGCUCCCGCUAAGCAGAUGGGAAUCGCACUUGACGCUCUAUUGCCAGCAGUAGGCGCAGCAUCUAAUGACAAUGGGAGCGGCAUGCCCGGAAAUCAAGUUGAGACUAGCAUUGCAUAUUUCGAUAACUUUGGCGAUUAUAACGACCACUACCUCCCCACAAUCGAGGAACUUUUGCAUACCCACCUACAGAAGGCGGGUUCUGGUGUGGAGGAAGAAUGUUUAGAGGACGCGAGGUCCAUCGACCAAAAUACGUCGGCAUUGAACGUCAGUUCCAGUGGUGACCGAGGUGAGCAGCCCUAA